GUGAUUAGUUAGUUAUUUUUUUUGUCAGUAAGAAGUUCAUUACAGUUAGAUUCAAUUUAUAAAACAAAUGCAAAUAAAAUAACGCGGCAAAAUUAGACAAAACAGAACUUUUAAUUUGAGAAGUGAUUAAUAAUGAGUAAUAUGGCCCUAAACGAUAAAAAGCGCAAAUUUGAACCAAUUACUCAAAUUGAGCUCAACGAUGAACCCGAUGAAGAAUAUUCCCUUGAACGCGCUCUCGCUUUCAUUGGAUUUGGAAAAGUGCAUUUUGAAAUACUAUUUGUAUGCGGAUUAGUCGUCCUAGGAAUUAUCAACGAAACAAUUGCUUCGUCCCUUGUAGUCCUCAGUUCACAAUGCGAUUUUGAAACUACUCCACUGGACAGAGCCAUAAUGAAUACAUCUGUCUUCGCUGGUAUGUACCCGGAAAAACUUUUUGACCUCCGAAGGAUUUCAACAACUUUCAAAACAAGAAAUUUAAAUUAAAUCAAAUGACUUCCUAUAAUUAUUGUGAC